AUGCCUGAAGCCGACGGUUCGGAGGGCGACGAUUCGAGGCUACUGCUCGUUUCCAACCGACUGCCCAUCACCAUAAAACGCUCCGACGACGGUAAAUAUGACUUUUCCAUGUCGUCCGGCGGCCUGGUCAGCGGGCUGAGCGGGCUGACCAAGUCCACUACUUUCCGCUGGUAUGGAUGGCCUGGUUUGGAGGUUCCCGAGGAAGAGAUACCGGUGGUGCAGAAACGCCUCAACGAUGAGUACGGGGCCAUUCCGGUUUUUAUUGAUGAUGAGCUGGCCGAUCGCCAUUACAAUGGCUUCUCAAAUUCCAUCUUAUGGCCGCUCUUCCAUUACCACCCCGGCGAAAUCACCUUUGACGAGUCUGCCUGGGAGGCAUACAAGGAGGCCAAUCGUUUAUUUGCACAAGCUGUCGCAAGAGACGUGCAGGAUGGCGACCUCAUUUGGAUCCACGACUACCAUCUGAUGCUAUUGCCCGAGAUGCUGCGGGAAGAAAUUGGCAAUUCCAGGCAUAAUGUCAAGAUCGGCUUCUUCCUUCACACGCCCUUUCCCAGCAGUGAGAUCUAUCGCAUCCUGCCUGUCCGGAAUGAGCUUUUGCUGGGCGUCUUGCAUUGCGACCUGAUCGGCUUCCAUACAUACGACUACACCCGGCACUUUUUGAGUAGCUGCUCGCGACUGCUGGGAUUAAUGACCACGCCGAACGGGAUUGAAUUCCAAGGCAAAAUUGUUGCGGCCGGUGCUUUUCCCAUCGGGAUCGAUCCCGACAAGUUCAAAGAAGGGCUUCAAAAGGAAAAAGUGCAGAAGCGCAUCGCAAUGCUCGAGCAAAAGUUUAAUGGGGUGAAACUCAUGGUCGGCGUGGACCGUCUAGACUACAUCAAAGGCGUCCCUCAGAAACUCCAUGCUCUAGAGGUCUUCCUCAGCGACCACCCGGAAUGGGUGGGAAAAGUGGUACUGGUGCAAGUGGCAGUGCCUAGUCGACAAGAUGUGGAGGAGUAUCAGAACUUGCGAGCAGUUGUUAAUGAGCUCGUUGGUCGGAUAAACGGCAAAUUCGGCACUGUCGAAUUCAUGCCCAUCCACUUCCUGCACAAGUCGGUCAACUUUGAUGAACUCAUCGCCUUAUAUGCCGUCUCAGAUGCAUGCAUCGUCUCCUCGACUCGAGACGGCAUGAACCUUGUCGCAUACGAAUACAUCGCAACACAACACAACCGCCAUGGUGUCCUCGUCCUUUCUGAAUUCGCAGGCGCAGCACAGUCUCUCAACGGCAGCAUAAUCGUCAACCCGUGGAAUACUGAAGAACUCGCCAGUGCGUACCAAGAGGCCGUGACCAUGAGCGAAGAGCAAAAAGCAUUGAAUUUUUCCAAACUCGACAAAUACGUCUCCAAAUACACAAGCGCGUUCUGGGGCCAGUCGUUUGUCAGUGAACUCAAACGCAUUUCGGCCCACUCAAAACAAAAGGUUUCACUAAGAAAGGCUUCUGUGCUAAUUCCGGGCACGUCUGCACCCAUGGCUAAUGGAGACGAUCAGACUGCACCGGAUGAUGCCGUCGUCCACUCGGGGGAAGAGGAAUAG